GCUAAACGCCAGUUUCUGCUCUAGGUUCCGGAGAUGCUGCUGGGAAUGAGAGCGGGCGCGGGCCCCGCCCCCGGCGGCUUUCAACUUAGUGGGAAAGUCGCAUAUCAGUCAGAUCUGAUCAUUUCAGUUCACAUCUUCAUGACCUAUUGCUUGUAGGUGGAAGACCAGGUUUUUGACGUGAGCAAGCCCCUGCCUCCUAAGAGGGAACCCAGGUGAUGGCGGCCAUGCCCAUGAAAGUCCAACACCAGGACACUCCCUUAGGCCCUCAUUACUGUCCCCUCUGCCCCACACUCUGGCCUGGAGCCAGAGGAUUGGCUCUGGGGCAGUAGGAACCUGUUGUUUUAGGAGGUGGUGACCUUUGAGGACGUGGCUGUGCACUUCACCCAGACAGAAUGGGCUGGCCUUUCUCCCACCCAGAGGGCCCUUUACAGAAGUGUGAUGCUGGAGAAUUAUGAGAACUUGACUAUUGUGGGAUUCCGAGUUCCCAAACCUGCACUGGUCUCACUUCUGGAGGAAGGGGAUUUGCCUUGGGGCCUGGAGGCACAGGAUGAACCCCUUACAGAGAGGACCAGGGACAUCUAUAAAGGUGCUGAGACCAAUAUUGAUGGUGAGUCCACGUCAACACAAGGAGUUUCUGAAGAAAGAGAUACGAUGAUGUCAUGUGGGCUGAAGAAGAGUGUCCCUAAGAGAACCGACUUCCCAGAAACAUGCAAAGAGGAGAAGCACCAGAAAAUCCCCACAGUGAAAAAUAUUCGAGGAAAGGUUCCAAGAAUCCACUGUGCAAGGAAACCUUUCAGAUGUGAGGAAUGUGGAAAAUGCUUCAGCUAUUUUUCUUAUUAUGUUAGACACCAGAGAAUCCACACUGGGGAGAAACCCUUUGAAUGUAAUGAGUGUGGAAAAGCCUUUAAUGGCAAUUCUUCAUUAAUUCGGCACCAGAGGAUCCACACUGGAGAGAAACCCUAUCAGUGUGAGGAGUGUGGGAGAGCCUUUAAUGACAACGCAAAUCUGAUCAGGCAUCAGAGAAUCCACAGUGGGGACAGACCCUAUCACUGUGCCGAGUGUGGAAACAGUUUCACCAGUAGUUCUGAGUUUGUUAUACAUCAGAGAAUCCACACUGGGGAGAAACCUUAUGAGUGUAACGAGUGUGGAAAAGCUUUUGUUGGUAAUUCACCACUAAUUCGGCAUCAGAAAAUCCACACUGGAGAGAAACCCUAUGAAUGUAAUGAGUGUGGCAAAUGCUUCGGAAGGACUUCCCAUCUUAGCCAACAUCAGCGUAUUCACACAGGGGAAAAGCCUUAUUCUUGUAAAGUAUGUGGACAAGCCUUCAAUUUUCAUACAAAACUAACUCGGCACCAGAGGAUUCACAGCGAGGAGAAACCGUUUGACUGUGUAGAUUGUAGAAAAGCCUUCAGAACUCAAGAACAAUUAAAAAGACACCUAAGAAUUCAUAUUCAGAAGUCUUCCUAUAUAUGUGGUGAGUGUGGAAAAGUCUUCACUAGCAAAAGAAAUCUUCUUCAGCAUCAAAGAAUCCAUACUGGAGAGAAAUCCUAUGAGUGUAGCAAGUACACAAAAGCCUUUCGGACUUCUUCCCAGCUAGGUCAUCUUGAGCAUGUCCAGUCUGGAGAGAAGCCUAUGCUAGACAUUGGUCGUUUUGGCCUUCCAGAAUUUUUUACUCCUUUUUACUGGUAAUAGUACACCCAGUUUCUUUUUAGAUUCUGUCUUCCACUCAGAAGUAGAAUGUGUGACACAGACCAGGCUCAGCCUCAGAUCCUUCCCUCAAGCCACAGUUAUUGGUUCAGAUGUCGCUAGGUGACCCAAGGUGGUCCAGUAAGAGUCCCGGGACUUGGCAAGAACAAGAGCUGAUAGAAAGAAAUACUCUUUUUCUUUUUUGUUCCAUUGGUUUUAAAGCUGAGAAGACCUCCUAGAUUUUCACAGAGGCUGAGAAUAAAGUCAGCACAGCAAAAGAUACCUGAGAGUUGAAGAGCAAUCAAAUGUUGAAGAUAUUGUUUGAACAGCUACAUUAAAUCAUGUCUAAAGCUAGAAAUACAUGUGGGUUUUUGGAUUUCAGUAGCCAAUAAAUUCCACUUUUGUUUUUGUUUUGUUUUUGGCUUAGGCAA